AUGGGACGAGAGUUUUCCCUAAUCUGGAUAUUGAUGAUUGUCGUGCACAGCUUGCUCAACAUACGCCAUCCGGUGCUUGGAAAUGGCAUGACAUGGUUUCCUCUGGACAGCAAGGCGUAUGUGUAUGCCACGCAGCUCAACAAAGCGUGGCCUGUGCCUCGACCAAGCAACAUCUUCGCACUGGACUACCUUGCUAUUCCAGUCAUCGCACAGAUGCUUCUGCUCAUGCACCACGCGCAACUGCCAACGGAUGAUCGAGUACGUGCAGGUGUGGCGUUGAAGGAAGCGAAGACAGUGCUAAUUAAGAGUACGCCACCCCAAAAGGUGCAGGAAGGUCGACUCCAUGGGACAGUCGGGGAUUUCCCACAUGCGACCACUCCGGAGACACCGCAACAAGGUCGCCGCGAGGGAGGCGGUAAACCAAGGUCGGCCGGGCCGAAGGCUAAGGCAUCCGCGGCGCAGGGUGAGAAGAAGCGCGGAGGGACUAGCGAGUACUCAGGGGUGUGGUUCGACCAACGCGUGAAAAAGUGGUGUACCAAGAUGGUGUGUGACCCCACCACAGGGCAGCAGAUCCGCAUGGGAGCGUACCGAAAGGAGGUGGACGCUGCCUACGCGUGGGCGGCUGGAGCUUUUGUCAUAAGGAGGAAGGACACUUUCCCAAAGGUUCAUGAACUGAGUGAUGCGGAGAUGGCUGCUCUGGAAGGAUGCAUCAUUGAUGACGUCCGCCACCUGGUGCAAAAGCGGCAAUGGUACCGGUGGAGGGAGUGGAGGAAGGCGAUGGAUGACAUUGGUGUUCUUCCUGGAACCCCCUUCAAGCCGGACACAACGGCAGACGCUUCAACGGGCGACGCAAAAGCCGGACACAAUGUGACUCAGGAUGAGGCAGCGGAUGAAGAGAUGCAGGCCGUGGACGAGGGCUCUGGCGAAGAGUGUGAUGGCUCAGAGGAGGAGGCGAAGACGCCUUGA